GAUCCUCACCAUCCUCACACGUGUUGUAAUGGGGGAUGGAAUGUUUUGUGUGUACAUAGGCUACAUCACAGGCACAGCUACAGAGUGUUUGUUUACCCAGCACAUGCACAUAUUACUCCAUUGAGUUCUUCCUGUGGACCUAUCCGUGUGUGUAGCUUGACAACGGGAGCUGAUGUGCGUUAUUUGUCCAUGAGGAAAAUGUGGAUGAGGUCAGAGCGACCUGGGAAGUGAAGUGUAUCCGCCGCGCUCGCAUCUGUCGCACACUUGAUCUGAUCACAAAGAAAGAAGAAAGUGCUCGGGAGCUGCUCGCAUGUGUGAACACACCGUGGACAUACACACACAGACAGGAGGCAUGUGCUACUGACUUAUCGUUUCUGCAUGGCGCAAACGAGUUUAUGAAGAAAUAACGGCUUCACGGACAGCUGCUGUUUAGGCCUCUCGCUAAACUCCCACUCACUGGACACGCUCUCUCACACACCAGGAGAAAUGGGUCUAAUUUUCGCUAAACUAUGGAGCUUCUUUUGUAAUCAAGAACACAAGGUGAUUAUUGUGGGGCUGGACAAUGCUGGAAAGACCACUAUACUUUAUCAAUUUUUAAUGAAUGAGGUGGUGCACACGUCUCCUACGAUUGGCAGCAAUGUGGAAGAAAUAGUGGUGAAGAAAACCCACUUCCUGAUGUGGGAUAUCGGUGGUCAGGAGAGUCUCCGUUCCUCUUGGAACACAUACUACUCCAACACUGAGUUCAUCAUACUGGUAGUGGACAGUACUGACAGAGAGAGACUAGCCAUUUCUAAAGAAGAGCUCUACAGAAUGCUAGCACACGAGGAUCUCCGCAAAGCUGCAGUGUUGAUCUUUGCUAAUAAGCAAGACAUGAAGGGCUGUAUGUCUGCAGCAGAGAUUUCCAAAUAUCUGACCCUCAGCUCCAUCAAGGAUCAUCCCUGGCACAUUCAGUCCUGCUGUGCGCUCACUGGAGAAGGGCUGUGUCAGGGUUUAGAGUGGAUGACCUCCAGGGCUGGGCUCAGAUAGCCUCUGAUUCUCCAUGUCCUUAUUGACUAUGAUUUCCACCUCCUUCGGUGGCAUCGCAGAUUCAUCCUAUUGGCUGCUUAUGUUUUAUUUUAAAUCUCUCAAAUCUCAGAAUUUACAUUUUGCAGCUGAACUCUUUGGACAACUACCUCAGCUGGGAUUUAAUGGUUAUGUGAAUCUGGUUCGACAGACUUGUCGAUCAGUAAUGUAUCAGGAGCAUCUGGAGUUUUUUACUGGGUGUAUAGCAGAAGAUAUUCAAAGUAUUUCAACUUAAACACUGCAGUGCUGGUAUGUGUUUGUGGGGACGGACCUUGUAUUUUUAGCACUCUGGCAGUGGAAAAGAAGUUCUUUGGAUGGGUUUAUUAAGCUAAUUAUGUAUGUUUUUUCUUUAAAUUAAUGGAAAGAAAUUAUUUGAAUGGUCAAAAUGUUACUUUUAAGGUGGGGACAUUUUUGGGUCAGUUGUUGUCAUUGGUCAACGGUUUGAUUUGGUUAAACUUUGGGUAUCGAGUGUUUUAAGUGCCAUUGGUACCUACCCACCAUCACCACUACAUAUCAUGAAAACAACUGAGCAUAUCAUAUAAUAUUUCACAUUACCUCAAACAUUCUUUACAGUAGAAGGUGCUGUUACUAUUUCAAAAGUGACCAUUGCAGCUUGAAAUGGCAUUUGAGAUGCAAUUUAAAGGUCACCAGGUUUGAUCUCCGCUGUUAUAGAUGACUUAUAGCUUUAUUAAAAAAUGUUGUUGAUGUGGCACAUUAGAUGGAUUUAUUGUAAUGCUUGUUACAGGUGUGUGUGUGUGCGCGCGUUUUGAAUGUGAGAAUGUCCAACCAACAUCACUGCAGGUGAACUAGCAUGUUUUUGUGUGUGUUUGUUUUAAGUAGCCAUGAUCCUCGCUCGAGUGUGGUUAUAGCAUAAAGGUCAUUCAGUUAUCAUAAGGAAAUAAUGUUCAAAAGUAACUCAUAAGUAUUAUGAUUUUCUUUUCAUCCAAAUUCUGUUGGUGCAAAAAUGGAACCUGCUGAUGAUCUUCAUAGGUCAUAGCCAUUAUAAGUUGUCUGUUGCUGUAUACAUGAUCGCUGUUUUAUUCAUAUUUGUUCAGCUCCAGACAUUUCAUACUAUUUUUUUUUUGUCAUCUUCGCUGUUUGUAUGGAACAUGAGCUCUAGUGCUUAUUUUUCACAUGUUGAUUUUGUCAAUGUGCUUUUUAAUUCAAGCUGAAACUGUUGUGUGUUUUCACAUUUUUCCAUCCUCUCCGAGCGCUGCGUUCGAACUUCGAUUAAGAGAAGCUUUUGUAAGACAAUGAUGCAGUGACUACAAAUUGGUGCUCUCACUGACAUUUCCCUGCCAGCAGUGAAAUCAUUUUACAUAAUUAUUAUUGGCUGCUGAGCUAGGCAAAUCAGUCCCAUUGAUCUGUCUGUCUGUCUGUUUUGCAGGGGUUUUAUAUGGUGGUUUUUUGAGGUCAUUACCUGACCGGUGUGGAUGUGCUGUUUAUUGUCAUACCACAAUAAAACAUUCAUGGAGUCUUCUCUGAUGGAAUAAAAAAUGAAUUUGGCUGUUGUUACUUGGCAUAAAAGGCUUCAUUGGUCAUGAAAUAUCAUUUUUUUCCUCAGUCUGAAGCUGUAUGUGUUAGUGAAUGCAUCAUUACAAACCUGAUACGAGUAUGUUGUAUACUACCAUGUUGAAACAGAGGUCUUUGGACAAGACUAUUGGAAAAGUUGAAGAUUCUGUUUCAAUGCUGAUGUUCGGUCAAACCAUUCGGUUCUCAGAUGUGCCAUUUCUAAAUGAGAAGGUGAAAUCUGUAGCAACUUUCCUUAUUCUUAUAAUUUUAUAAUAAAAGCUUUUAUUUUGAAAUCUGAA